CAGGGCCAGGACUGGGCCCAACUUGCAAGUCCCACUCGACCGCUUGUACGCCAAUCGACGCUCUGGAGCCCCGGGCACGCCGUCACUGAAAGUGCAUGACCGAAGAGCACAACGGCUUUCACAACGGCGCCAUCACUGUCCUCGACAUCUGGGGCGUUGCUGCUCGGCUCGUGUGUGCUGGUGAACAACAUCAUCCCUCGCAUGCGCACGCUCACCAUGGAGAGCUCCGAGAACAGGAACGCCCUUAACCCAGCCUCGACCAAGUUGCGACUUCCAACCACCUACGCCGCCACGGCCCUCGCGACUGCUUCCACCGGCCUCAAAGAGAUCUCCGACUCCCAGAGCAACGCGCGAGCGCAAAUGUCGUCCAUACCCACAAAGCGCGCCGCACACGACAGCGGUGUCGCCCCGCCUGAUCCGAAACGAAAAACCCUUGCCGAGAGGGCUGGCGAGCCUAUCCAGCCCAAGUCACAGUUACCAGCCCCGACGCCCACCAGUGCCUUUCUCACGGGCACUGUAUCCGGCGCAUCAAUCGUCCAGUUAGCUAAUGCCCGGAAUGCGAACAAGACGACGACAACAGCGCUCCCGCGCGCAAGCUCGGCGACCGGUCAUCGGCCAACCUAUUCCUCGACAAACCCGUCCAACUUCGCAAAGAGCCUAGGUCCUUCGAGCCGACCACCUGUGACAGGAUUGCGACAACCCAGCUUCAGUCAGUCCACAUCAAAUCGACAACGAUCCAUCUCCAAGCCACGACCAGCGACAUCGAUGAGCAGCCAUGGACCUUCGAGAGACGUUAGUGUAGCGCCUAAUCAGCCAGCGCCUACCCAGCCGCCCAAUGGCAUAGACGUCGACGAGCGGCUCAACGAAGUUGACGCGGAAUGGAAGGUGAUGAAGGAGGCUUUCAACAUCUCUUUGCAAGACAAGAAGGCUAUGGAAACGGCCGUUCAGAUGGCAAAGAGUCAAGUGGACACGCUUGAACUGGAGCGACAAAAACUGAACGAGAGGAACGAACUCUUACAGAAGGAGAUGGAUGCCUUGCGACAGCAGUUCCAACAACUGACCCUCACACUCGAAAGACAGAAGAUGGACCAUGAAUAUCAACUUCAGAACAAGUCAAGAGAGCACGAACAUGAAGUCAAAGAACUACAGAGAAAGUUGAGAGACGAAAGCGAACGACUGCAACGAAUCAACCGCGAGGAAAAGGACGCUUUCGAGAGGCAAUGUCGGGCAGAUUUGGAGGGGGAAAAGGCAAAGGCGGCAAAGGAGGUCCAAGAUCUGCAACAGAAGCUUGGGGCGGAACAGCAAGACAUCAACAAAACCCUCCUAGAAAGAGAACGAGAGCUACGGCAACUACAGUCUCAAUUGGACGAUCUGCGGUCAGAACUCAGCCAGGAACAGAGGAGCAAAAGGGCGUUGCAGGAACAGAUCAGCGAGAUGGCGACAACCAAUGGGAAACUGGAGGCCCGGAACCAAGGACUCAGGGCGCAGAUUGACUUCCUUGAAUCCGAUAGCAAGCAACAGUCGGAUUCGUUUGCGCAGAUGGAGGCACGGCUCCGGGAGGCCCUGGAAAUCGCGGAAAACGCCAAACAAAAGCUCAUCAAGGAGGAGACCGAGAGGCGGAUACUGUUCAAUAAGUACCAGGAGCUAAAAGGCAACAUCCGGGUCAUGUGCAGAGUCCGCCCUGCACUCAGCAAAACCGAAGGCAACGAGGCCAAGAUUAUGUUCCCCGACGCGAAAACGUCGUCCGCACAGAUCGAAGUGACCGGGCUCGAGGAAAAGAGUAGCUUUGGAAACAUCAACCGCAAGGUGCUCCCCUUCGAAUUCGACCGUGUCUUUGCCCCGGCAGUACACAACGAAGAAAUCUUCGACGAGAUCUCCCAGCUGGUACAGAGUGCGUUGGACGGCUACAACGUGUGUAUCUUCUGCUACGGCCAAACCGGUUCCGGCAAGACGUACACCAUGUCGUCUCCAGAUGGCAUGAUCCCGCGAGCCACCCACAUGAUUUACGAUACCAUAACGAAACUUAGGGAGAAAUCGUGGACGUACACCAUGGAGGGCAGUUUCGUUGAGGUAUACAACGAAGAGCUGCACGAUCUGCUCGACGGCAGCAAUAACAGCAAGAAGAAACUCGAGAUCCGCCACGACGACGUUCGCAAGCAGACAACGGUACUCAACUGCAAGACCGUCGCCCUCGACUCGGCCGACAAGGUGGAGAUGAUGCUGAAGCAGGCGCAGAACAACCGCAGCGUGGCGGCCACCAAGGCCAACGAGCGGUCUUCGCGCUCCCACUCUGUCUUCAUCCUCAAGCUUGUGGGCGAGAACUCGGUCACGAACGAGCGAUGCGAAGGCACUUUGAACCUAGUCGAUCUGGCAGGUUCUGAGCGGCUGAAGCAUUCGCAGGCCGAAGGAGAGCGGAUGAAGGAGACGCAGAACAUCAACAAGAGUUUGGCGUGCUUGGGGGAUGUUAUCGAGGCGCUGGGAAGAGGGUCGUCACACGUGCCGUACAGGAACUCCAAGUUGACGCAUCUGCUGCAGUAUUCGCUGGGAGGAAACUCGAAGACGUUGAUGUUCGUUAUGGUGAGCCCGCUGGAGGCGCACCUGAAGGAGACGAUUACCAGCUUGAGGUUUGCUACCAAGGUGCAUAAUACCCAUAUCGGAACGGCGAAGUCUACGAAGAAGACCAUCAAGGAUCGCUCGAGCGAGUCUUGAUUCGAUGAUGAUCCCGGUUCCGUCUUUAGCGGCUGUACUUUUCUACGAUUUCUGUACAUUCUUUAUCUUUUACAGAUGCAAUUAGUCUCUCUACAUGUGUAUCUUUUGGGUUGGUCAUUUUUCCGGGCCUGCUGUCCACGCUUGCCUCGGCUGGAGAAAGGGAGCGACUUAAGAGGGAAGGAUGGGUGGAUGGAUGGACGGCCGGGACUGUUCUUAUUAUAUGAUACCAAUGAAUCGUUUGUUGCACCCUA